ACUCAGCUGCGCUAAGUGCGCUUCGUCUUGACGUGCUGAAUGAUACAUUAGUCACACAUCUAGUGAUUUACACAUUCACAAAAUAAACAAGAUAGUACGUUAUCUAGACAUUAUGCGACAGCUACUCGCGCCUAUAGGACGUUUACUGUCAAGCAGAUGUAAUGAGCUCGUUGCUAACACUGAGGAUUUUAUCAUCGAGCUUUGAUUGACUGGCCGCGAAAGUGUGAAGUGCAACAUUUACUGUGAAAUUAAGUUCCCAAAAUACUCAUGUGUAAAAUGAGUACUCAAUAGAAAAUAUUUGAAAUAGAAAUCGACAUGUGUGGUCAUUAAUCUCACGAUCACCGUUAUAAUCUCUAUGCAUUCAGCAAUCGUGUAUCUUUGUAAGAAGGAGCUCGAGUAGAUCGGAUCCAGGAUGACGGACACGCUGAUCCUCUCCUUCCAGACUCGGCUGUCUGCGGUCAUGGAGACGGUCCUCAAGACCACCAUGUACGAGAUCACCCGGCUGGUGGAGGAGAGCUUCUUGGAGCAGAUGGAUCGAGGCAAACGAGAGACGGAGGCGUUCAGACGGAGGCUGAUAUUGUCGGAGGCCAAACUGAGAGAACGGGAGAGGUUUAAGAGGGUGAGGUGCGUGGACUGUGGUCGGACAGCGGUGUCCAGGAGGAGGAUGCUACACAGAGGCCCCGAAUCACAGAGCAGUCUGGACCACCCACUUGUUGUAAAACAGGAAAGUGCCUCUGACAGUAGGUGCAGUCCCAAGGGAAGCGCAAAUCAGGAGAAGCCUCCAGCAGCUCCAGAAUCUAAACAAAAUACUGUUCAAGUGUGUGAACCUAAACAUGGAGGAGAAGUGAAAGAGGAAGCAACAGAGGCUAGAGACCCGCAAGCUCAUCUUGUGAUACAUCCUCAAAUACACAAACAAAAAGAUCCUUCAGCCUGUGUUAAAGAGACCAAUGGACUUCGCAAUCCAGAUUCUGACCACAAACCAGGUUGCACAUCUUUCACUGAAAGACCAGGGGAUGAAAAUGAGGUCAGACACAGAAACCUCCCAAAAUGGUUUGACCCUAAAACAGACCCUUCAGCGCGGUCUUCUGUUUCACAGCCAGAACCAGUCAGGUCCUCAGUAUCUUCAGAGUCUCCAGGUUUGAGACCGCAAGUGGGCAGCAUUGACCCAGGGCCUGUUAAACAGGAAGUUGUAGUGAUGCUUCCACCAGACUGGGAAGAUAUGGAAAGGAUCAGGCCUCCGGUGGUUUCUGCUCAUAACAGUGCUAAGAAAGCACAGUCAGAUCUUCAGCCUGGAGAUCCUCUGCCCCCUAGACCUCAAGUACAGGAGCGAGUUUCAUAUCCUGCGCCUCCCAUCAAGGUUCAGAGCCUUGCACCACAAACCAUGCAGCAUCUCAGAUCACCCGUUAGGAAGAACGCAAAAAUCCUUCUACAUCCCAAUUCAGUUAUGACGGAUCAGAUAGACCGGGUACAGUCCAUCUGCAAAGCCCUUCCUGCUACUAAACUUCUUCAUGUCCGUCAGUAUCCUGAAGGAGCCGUUACAGGUGAAAGAAAUUUCAGUACUGUACACCCAGUAAGAAAUCCGCCGCAGAUGGUCAGUAUGAGGGUUCCAGGGGACAUGCGGCACCAUUCGGCGAAGACGAUGCACAAUUGCAGCCAGUGUGGAAAAGGCUUCUCUCAUCUGUGUCACCUCAGAGCUCACCAACAGAUUCACACAGGUGUGAGGCAGUUCUGCUGUACCAUCUGUGGACGGAGUUUCACCAAACUGAGUAACUUGAAAGCACAUCGCAGGGUUCACACCGGUGAGAGACCUUACAUCUGCACAGACUGUGGGAAAAGGUUCACUCAGAAAUGCAACUUGAAGAGACAUCAGAGAAUUCACUCUGAAUUCACUCACUCUAAUUUUUCAUUCAUUGGAUCGAGGUGUCCUCGAGGAGACAGGACGAUGUCCGGAACGCUUUUCCUCACAUUCCAGUCUCAGCUCUCCGUGGUCAUGGAGACCGUCCUCAAAUCAGCCAUGUUUGAGAUCACCAGGCUGGUGGAAGACAGCUUCCUCGAGGAAGUGGGUCAUCGGAAACAGGAGCUGGAGGUCUUGAAACGAAGGCUGCAGUUGUCUGAGAGUAAACUGAGGGAGAGGGAGAGGGAAUGGGAACGGGAACGGGGGAAGACGACACGGUGCCCGGACUGUGGCCGAGCAGGAGACUCCAGCAGCAGAGAUGAGAGCCAACCUGUCGAAACGGUCCGGGGAGCAGACAGCCUUUGUUUAGGCCAAAGCCUGAGAGAUCAGUCUACCAAUCAACCUACACUAAUUGAAGAUGUGUGGAGUGCCAGACAACACCUGGAGACUAACAAACAAACAACAGUACACUCACACUCUAAAGAGAAGAAUGAUGUACACCCACAGAAUGCAAAAGAGAUCGUCACACCUAACUCCAAUGCACAAAUUCAUCAGGAUUUUCUGCAGAGGCUUCUGGGCAAUUCAGCCGUUCACAGUGAGUCCACCAGUGACUUCAAACCCAGAGUGAGUGAUUUAGACAAAUCCGAAAAAACUCUUGAUAAGGAAAUGGACUCACACCACUCAGAACUGUUACAAAGUCUUCAGGAUACGCACGAGGAUUUGCCGGCGUCUUCGCCAAACGGUAGAGUAAAAACAGAAACAGAGCUGGAUCUUCUACCUGUCAAGGAGGAGGAAGAGAUGGUUCCGGUGUGGGACAGCGUCAACAGAGAUGACGGUUGCCAUACAGAAAUGGCUGAUCCAAGUCAGGGAGAGCUCAGAGGACCUUGUGAUCAGGAGGAGAUACAGGUAGAAAGCUUUCCAGGUCUAAACUCUCUCGACAUGCCAGACGCCAUCUCAUAUUUCACACCUUAUUCAGUCAGCACACUGGUACAUCAAGGUAUUAGGGCACAACAUAGUCAUUUAUGCACAACAGAGCUGAUGCUUUCUAGCAUACCAGAGAGAUCACAUUCAUUUUUCCAACCAGAAAAUGGACACAGAUAUCCUGGUUCAAAAAGUUCUCUCCUCUAUUCUCACAAUGAUGUUUGUCCAGGCGAGAACGCAACGAGCCACGAGCAAUACCCAAAGCGUUUCUCCCAGGACAAACUUGGGACGCCUGAACAAAUCCAUGCAGAAAGAUCCCACCAUUGCACCCAAUGUGGGAAAACGUUUGCAAGAGCAUGUGACCUGAAGGCUCAUUCGCUGAUCCACAAGGGCAGGAAACCUCUGAGAUGUCGGCAGUGCGAUCAGACAUUCGCGUACAACUUCGAGCUCAAGGCUCACCAGCGAAAUCACUCAGGGGAGCGACCUCACAUCUGUCCGCACUGCGGCAAGGCCUUCGCUCGAAUGAGCAACUUCAGGCAGCAUCAGAACAUCCACACUCGGGAGAAACUCUUCAGCUGUACUCAAUGCGGGAUGCGAUUCAAUCGAGCCACCAACCUGCGAGUUCAUCUCAGACGACACAGCCACGCGGGGAAGACCUACAAUUGCCCUUUUUGUGGAAAGAGCUUUCUGAACCCCAGACAAAUGAAGGCUCAUUUACAAAAAGCCCAUGGAAGAAGCGGGAAAUAAACAUGUCUAAUUUGAAAA